AUGCGGCCGACAGUGGCUGCAAUACAGCCGAUUAUGGAUGGCAUCAUCUCCGUUCUGGUCAGCGGGCUCUGUAAGAGUGUUGAACUGUUGAAUGACCUUAAAAAUGCUCCCGCAGAAAUACUGGAACUCGCCGAGGAUAUUGAGAUACUGAGCGGAGUGCUGGUGCAGUUUGGAGAAGCGCUCGAGAGUGCACGAGCACGCAUUACAGAAACGAACAAGCAGCAGCAUGAGUACAGAACAGGGAAGAGCUUGAUUGAAAAGAUUCAAAAAACGAUGGAUAAGAUGAUUCUUCACAGGAAUAUGGUAUCAAUGGCAGCUAAAGAUGAUAGCCUGCCCCAAAAGCUUCUGGCGUGGCUCCGAUGGCUAAGUGUCAAACCAUUUGUUGCUGCGGCAGGUCAUGCCAUACAAAGGCUUUCAUCGCUUGCCUCACUGUUUCUAAACUCUGUUGUGUGCAAGAAUCUCGCGGCGCAGAUUGCCGAAUUGCAAAGAAACCGGGCCGAGGUGCCAGAUAUGUUGUGCUUAAAGCUCAAAGUCGCCAUGCAAAUAUGUCAGAGGAAGAAGCGAAGGGUCAAAUCAGCAUCAGACGGAUUGGACUACGCUGCGAAUGGGAGACAAAAUAACGAAAGAGGCAAUGACGGCCGUCAAAGGGGCCCAAAGAUUCACGAGAUACGACUCUUUUCAGCAAAAACAAAGGACAUCUUCACGCGAACACCAGCCUGCCAAAUACCACUUCAGUCGUUCUGCUCGCUCACCCUCUCCACAACUACGACCUGCGAGGCGGACUCGUCAGUCUACGGGGAAAGGUGCGGAGCUCUCUCCGCCGGCUACGCCUCAACCGCAGGCACGCAGAGAUACUCAGGCACCGCAGAGAAGAAGAAGAUCAAGGCUGGACCAUACACCAAGGGAACGAGGAGGUGUGAUGGCGUUACCACCCUCUCCAGACGGAUCCGAGACAACCUCAUCGCAGCAAGCAUCUGA